UUCGCCAUGCGCAUGCUCCAGGUUGUAUUUCCUGUUUAUUAUUCCUUACUGUCGCAGAAAAGCAAUUGUUUGUGUACAAAAUACAUAACCUGACUGAUGGAAAAAUAAAUAGCGAUGCAUCGUGACAGUUGACAUUACCGUUUCAGAAAAAAAUACGUUUAAACUUAUUAUAAGUUAAUAAACUUCUCACAGCAGGAAAAUGCCGUACCAUUGGCAGAGCCACAAUGUCAAGACCAGCGGGGUUGAUGACAUGGUGCUGCUGCAGAAGAUCUCAGAGUCAGGCAUCGUGGAUAACCUGAAAAAGAGGUUCAUGGAGGACACCAUCUAUACAUAUAUUGGUCCGGUGCUGGUGUCUGUGAACCCUUUCAAGGCCCUGAACAUCUACAGUGAGAAGGAGGUGGACCAGUAUCAAGGAGCUGCCCAGUAUGAAAACCCUCCGCACGUGUAUGCACUCACGGACAACAUGUACCGUAACAUGAUGAUUGACAUGGAGAAGCAGUGUGUCAUUAUCAGUGGUGAGAGUGGUGCAGGGAAGACGGUUGCUGCCAAGUAUAUUAUGAGCUACAUCUCCAAGGUGUCAGGGGGAGGGGCUAUGGUACAGAGAGUGAAAGACGUCAUUCUGGAAUCCAAUCCUCUUCUGGAAGCAUUUGGAAAUGCAAAGACAGUCAGAAACAACAAUUCCAGUAGAUUUGGCAAGUACGUGGAGAUACAGUUUAGCCGUGGUGGUGAGCCAGAUGGUGGCAAAAUAUCUAACUUUCUCUUGGAAAAGUCCAGAGUAGUGAGCCAAAACCUUGAAGAAAGAAAUUUCCACAUCUUUUAUCAACUGUGCUCUGGUGCGGACAAGACUCAAAAAGAGCAGUUUGGCAUCUCCACGCCCGACUUCUACUGCUACCUCAACCAGAGUGGAGCCUACACAGUGGAUGGGGUAGAUGAUGUCAAGGACUUUAGGGAUACCCUGCACGCCAUGCAAGUGAUAGGGCUGGAUGAUCAGACUCGAGAAGAUGUCCUGUCCCUUGUAUCAGGCAUUCUUCACCUUGGCAACAUCUCUUUUGUGGAGAAUGGCAACUACGCUGCCAUUGCUGACCCAGGAUUUCUAGAAUACCCAGCUUACCUGUUUGGAAUACGGCAAGACCUUCUGCAGUCCAAGAUUACAAGUCGUAAAAUGGACAGCAAGUGGGGCGGCAAGUCAGAAAGUAUCGAGGUCACACUCAAUGUGGAGCAGGCAGAGUUCACGCGUGACGCUCUUUCGAAGGCCCUCUACUCUCGCAUGUUUGAUUUUCUAGUGGAGUUGGUGAAUAAAGCCAUUAGGAAGGAGAAAGAAGAAAUCAACAUCGGUAUUUUGGACAUUUACGGCUUUGAGAUUUUCCAGAAAAAUGGGUUUGAGCAGUUCUGUAUCAACUAUGUCAACGAGAAGUUACAGCAGAUAUUCAUUGAGCUCACUCUCAAGGCAGAACAGGAAGAGUAUGUGCAAGAGGGUAUCAAGUGGACACCAAUCGACUACUUCAACAACAAGAUAGUGUGUGACCUCAUAGAGAGUAAGAAGCCUAUCGGGGUCAUGUGCGUCCUUGACGACGUGUGUGCAACGAUGCAUGCAGUGUCUGAAGGGGCAGACCAAACUCUCUCACAGAAACUGAAUGCCGCAGUGGGCAGCAAUGAACAUUACAAUGGUACCAAUAUCGGCUUUGUCAUCCACCAUUACGCAGGCAAGGUGGAGUACUUCGUGGAAGGGUUCUGUGAGCGCAACAGGGACGUCCUCUUUAUUGAUCUGAUACAGCUCAUGCAGUCCAGCGAUAAUGACUUUAUAGUCAAGCUCUUCCCAGACAGUGUAGAUGCCAUGACCAAAAGCCGUCCGACAACAGCUUCAACAAAAAUCAAGUCUCAAGCCAACAAGCUGGUGGACACUCUGAUGCAGUGCACACCACACUAUAUCCGAUGUAUCAAACCUAACGAGACCAAACGACCCAAGGACUUUGAGGACAGCAGGGUGAAACAUCAAGUUGAGUACCUGGGUUUGAAGGAGAACAUUCGAGUCAGACGUGCUGGAUUUGCAUUCAGGAGAGAAUUCCCCAAAUUUAUGCGGAGAUACGCCAUUUUGACCCCGGAGACGUGGCCCCAGUGGACAGGGGACAUAACUCGAGGUAUACACCACCUCAUGAACUCUGUCAACAUGGAUAAGGAUCAGUACCAGCUCGGCAAAACUAAAGUCUUCAUUAAGAACCCAGAGUCGCUGUUCUUGCUAGAAGAAAUGAGGGAGCGAAAAUUUGACAGCUAUGCUCGAGUUAUCCAGAAAUCAUGGAGGAAGUAUCAUGCUCGGCAACAGUACUUCAAACAGAAGGAAGAAGCCUCGGAUAUUCUGCUGAACCGCAAAGAGAGAAAGCGAUAUAGUAUCAACCGCAAUUUUGUGGGCGACUACAUAGGCAUGGACGAGAAUCCAGCAUUGCGAGCUCUCGUGGGAAAGAGGGAGAGAAUAGAGUUUGCAGACACCGUCAACAAGUAUGACAGACGGUUUAAGGCCACCAAACGAGAUCUCCUGCUUACUACACAGAAUAUUUACCUAAUUGGCAGAGAAAAGAUCAAAAAGGGUCCACAGAAGGGUCAACUGGUGGAAGUUGUGAAGAGACAGCUGCCCCUGGAGCAGGUCCAGUCAAUAGCAUUUAGUACUAUGCAAGAUGACCUAUUUGUUAUGAAUAUACAGAACGACUAUGCUAGCGUGCUAGAAUCAAUCUUCAAGACAGAGUUCCUGUCCUUGUUAACAAAACGUUACAAGGACAAAACUGGGAAGGAACUCCGAUUGAUAUUUUCUGACAGUAUUGAUUUUGGUGUGAAGAAGGAGGGCUGGGGAGGUGGUGGGUCAAGGAUGAUUAAGUUCGUGAGAGGUCAGGGAGAUGUGGCCGUGUUCAAGGUGUCCGGCAAGACCCUCACAGUGUCCAUAGGGUCUGGAUUGCCCAAGGAUUCCAGACCUAGAAGAUCAGCCCCGAUGGUCAGUAAUGGCGGCCCUGGCAACAGACGCCCGUCCCGGAUAGCGCCGUCCCGACCUGCCCCCUCAUUCCCAGCACCUUCCAUACCAACAACAGCCCCACCUAGCGCCCGAAAAAUAUCCAAACAGCACAGCGUGGAAAAGGCUCCAUCGCUCCCAAGGCAGGGUGCCCAUGUGAUGGCGAAGAAGAUUCACAAUGCAGUUGAGAUGCGAAACAACGACUUCAUGAAGGUGCCUGACUCAGGACAGUCUGGCCAAACCAGAUCUCAAAUACAGAAUGUUCAGAGAAAUCGUAUGAGUGAUGUGAAGCCCAGCCCAGGAGGGGGCAAACCCAAGCCCACCCCUAAGGCGAAGCCCGUGCUACCCAAAUGCCGGGCGCUGUACGCAUAUGACGCCCAGGACACCGACGAGUUGACCUUCAACGAGGGGGAGAUAAUUGAGAUAGUCAAGGAAGACCCAGCGGGUUGGUGGAAGGGCCGAUUGCGUGGCAAAGAUGGUCUCUUCCCAGCUAACUAUGUGGAGAAGAUCUGAGUGGUCACCCAUAGAGACAACACAUAUGAUACCAUGUGACUGGACAGAACGGAAAUAUUACAUCUGAUAUUUGUAAUGGGUAUUGUCACAUGUUCGAAUUUCACAGGGAUUGUAAUUAUAAAAAAGUGUGCAAACGUUGUUGAAAACUACAGUUUUGUUUUAUACUUCUUUUCUUUUUCUUUAAAAAAAAUGCAUAUUUAUUAAUUGUUUUACAGCAGCUAGAUUUAUGUUAAAUUUGAACAAUGAUCUAUGCAUAUAAAAGUAAUAAAAAAACCAUUAAAGCCUUGCUAUAGGAAAAUGGGGUUUGAUGCAUUUGCGUUAAGUGUCGUCCCAGAUUAGCCUGUGCAGUCCGCAGGGACGAGGCUUUAUGCUUUUAUGAUAUUUUUUGUUUCAAGAAAGUCUCAUUUUAGCAAAAAUCCAGUUGAGGCGGAAAGUGUUGUCCCUGAUUAGCCUGUGUGUACUGCACAGGCUAAUCUGGGAUGACACUUUACGCACAUGCAUUAAACCCCCUUAAUGCAUGUGUGUGAAGUGUUGUCCUAGGCUAGUCAGUGUAGUCUGCACAGGCUAAUCACGGAUGGCGCUUCCAGUCUAAACUGAUUUCAACCAUUUAAGGGGACGUGGUUGUCUCUAAUAAGCCUGUGAAGACUGCGCAGAAUAAUGUGGGACAACUCUAUGCUCAUGCAUUAAGCGGUGUUUAUCCAGUGUGAGGGUCAGUUAUGUUUCUGUUCUUCAAGGUAACCAAGGUAACGGGUAUCAACUGUUAAAUGACUACAAUUAUCAAAAAUAGGCUAGUGUACAUCAACGUGCAACGAUUUGAAGGUGAAGUGACAGGCAAAGGUCAAAAUGGUAUAAGAUAAUUUAUAAAUAUUUGUAAGUCACAAGUGUAAGAGAUAUGUUUAUUUUUUUUUAGGUAUGACAUGAUUGUUUUACAUGAGACAAACAAUAGCCUUUUACAUUUUUUUUUUUUUUUUGCACAAUUCCCCACAUCAGAGCAUAAUUUGGACCUUUGGUUGUUCUGAACAUUAUGACAAUUGCAAAUAUACAUAAAUAUAUCAAGUAUUGGUGAGGUUUUUAUAUCAAAAUUACUUUAUAGUAAAAAUUUAAUAAUUAAGUGCUUCUUGUUCACAUUUAUAAAUAUAUAAAUCUUAAAAUUUAGAAAAAACAAUGCAAAUAAUUACCGUCUGAUAGAUUUCUAUGAACUCUGAAAUUCUACAUCAAAUGUUAUGAUAUUUAUAUUAAGUCAGAAUAAUUGUGGAUUAAGCAGUGGUUCCAUGCAUUGUUUAUUGUUGUUUGAUCUAUGCAUUAUUGUUGUAUUACAUUGAUCUUGUUUGUUGCUGAUCCAACUUUGUAACAUUCCUUCCAGAACAAUCUUUUUGAAGUGCCUGGUGUUUGCCUGCUUAUAUGACACACUUCAUGCGAAAAUGGGUCUUAUGCAAUAUGAAGCCAGCGUAGCUCCACACCAGGGUGCCCUAUAUUGCAGUCUAGUAAGGAGCUACGUUUUCAGCUACAAAGUCAUGCAAGGUUUGCUGGUCUCAUUACUAUAUAGGACAGUGAAGCUCCUGACCUAGUGUAAUACCCAUUUUUGCAUGACACAGCCCAUUUGUGUUGAUUAUUUAGCUUUAUGAAUGAAUUAUUAUCUUUAAUGAUCUAUUUCAAUAAAUAUCUGUCUCCACGCACUCAUGUUUAUAUAAUUUGUUAAGAUUGUAAGCCAUUGUAUCAAACUACUCUUGUAUUGUUCACUAUAUUUAUUCAUCCCAUCAUUGAAUCACUUUUUUCUUUAAUAAGCAUUCCAAUUAUAUAUUUUAUUCAUCAACAACAUUGCAUGCUGUUAUUAUUGUAAGACACAUUUCUGAAAAACAAAUCAGCCGGGCAGACACUUUCGGUUUUUAUGAUAUUUUCAUUUCACGUAUCAAAAAUCAAGUUUAGGCGGAAAGUGUUGUCCCCGAUUAGCCUGUGCAAAUUGCACAGGCUAAUCAGGGACGACACUUUACGCACAUGCAGUAAACCAACUUUUUACAGAGCAUGGUUCAAAUAAAGAGUGACUUAAGUUAUGUCUGAUGUCUGAUGAAAACCGAUUGAGUCUGGUUCUAUUAAACUAAGCUCAAUUGAUAUGUGUAAAAUGUUAGCACAGGCUUAUCUGGGACAACACUUAUCCCCUAGACUUAAUUUUUAAUUAGAUGAGAUUCCUUUAACAAACAAGUUUUAUAAAAGCGGAAAGUGAUGUCCCUGAUUAGCCUGAGCAGACAGCACAGGCUUAUCUGGCGCAAUCUGUUACUCACACAUGCAUUAAGCCCAGUUUUCUCAGGUGGAGUCUGAAAUGUGUUGCAAGGGCCAGUUUAAAAGGGACCUUUUUGCAGAUUUAGGCAUGUUUUGAAGUUUGUCAUUAAAUGCUUUAAAACAUUGUAAAUAAAGAGUUCCAGUUUAAAUAAAAAACUAAGUUAAACAAAGAUUUUUUUAAAUCCACACCUGGGCUCGAACUGACCCUUGGAGUAAAAGACUACCGCAUAAACCACUCGUCCAGCUGUGCUGUGCAUGUUUUUUUGUAACUUUAUAUAUGCAAUCCUUGUAAUGUCACAAAAUAUAAUGAUAACAGAAAUUUCCAAAUUAUACAAUCAUUUCGCAUUUAUAACUUAUGAUUUUCGUUUUUUUUAAUUGUCAAAAGAUUUGUACAUUUGAUAUUUGUGAGCAUGACUAAUCUCAAACAAUUUUGUUCAUCAAAACAUGAGAAGAUCUUUUUAAGUUUAUCUGUCUCUCAGCAAAAUAUUAUUGAAUAAGGUCUAUCAUACGAGGAAUUCUGUGAUUCUAUUACUAGGUUUGUUACUUUUAGUGCAUUAUACGUUUUGAUAAGUUUGUCUCGUUAUGUUAAAUGAUAUUAUUAUAUUGAAAAUUAGUUUGAAAGUAUACAGUUUGUUGACUGCGCUGUGACUUCCUUUAAGUCUGAAGGCACAGGCUAAUCAAGGACGACACUUUCUGCCUAAACUUGAUUUUCACCAAAAACAGAUUGUUUAAACAAAAAAUACCAUAUAAUCGGCGUUCCUGAUUAGCCUGUGCGGACUGCCAAGGCUCAUGUGGGACAGCACUAAAUGCACAUGCAUUUUGCCCUGUUUUCCCCAGUAUUAUUAGCUCGGCGUUUUCGGAGAAAACCCGAGGUAUUGUCAUAGCCAGCUCAACAUGUCGUCCGCCGUCUGACGUCCGCGUUGUGCUAAAACCUUAACAUUGGCUCUAAAAUCAAAGUGCUUCCACCUACAACUUUGAAACUUAAUAUGUAUAUGCACCUUGAUGAGUUCUACAUGCCACACCCAUUUUGGGGUCACUAGGUCAAAGGUCAAGGUCACUGUGACUUCUACAAAAAAAAAUCAAAAAAAUCUAACAACCUUUCAACUCAAAACUGCACCCGUAGUAGAAGGUGGCACCUGUUAUGCGGUGCUCUUGUUUGUACCCAUGUUUCUAGAGGAUGUUUUUUUUCAGGAGGAUUCCUUUUUUACAACUGGAAUCUUUAUUGACUAGUUCUAUAUACAACUUAACAAGCUGGCACAUAUUCUUGUAUAAAUUAAGUAAAGAUUGUUUCACUCUCAAUUUGGGUAAUUUAGUUUCAUGUCAAUGUACGUAAAAUUAACCCUUUAGCAGUUAGAUACGUAUUUCACGCAUUUGUAGUUCCAUAGAAAGCUGAAUUAAAUUAAAGACCUUUCUUACUAGAUUCAAAUGUUAAAGGCUUCAUUUCCAACCCUUUCAAAUACUGAUGAGCAGCAAACAGCAUAAAACCUGAACAGACUGCAAGUUACUCGCAGGCUGUUCUGGUUUUAUGCUGCAGGCUGUUCUGGUUUUAUGCUGUUUGCACAUAGCCAUUUUCACUUUGCUUUUGAGUGGGAAAGGGUUGAUACAGAUUUGAGUUUAUUUCAGACCAGACAUUUCAUUGCAUAAGUUCUAGUCUGUUUUCUGAAGUUUCUAUUAAUCCGAACAGGUAUUUUGUUGUAUUGUUUUAGAUCUUUAUUUGAUGCACCAUCUUGCGUGGUUCCUUAUUUAAAAACCUUGUGAUUUAUUAUUAUCUUUUAUAGACAUUAACAAUUUAAUCGUAAUGUAAAUUGUGCACUCAAUUUUUAUUGAAGAAGUAUUACUUAAUUCUUUAACUUCAUUGCAUUUCUUUCUGGUGUGCAUUUGGAAUUUCACUAUUCCAACAGUACGUGAUUUGGUUUGUGAUAAAACAUUCUUAAGCAUUUACAAAAAUAAACAUGCUUGAUACAGUUUCUUAAAUGCAUUAUAAUGAACUAGUUUAUUCAUCUGAAACAUUUUUAGAUGGAUAUAUACCUAUGGUAUGAUAUUAAGAGUAACUCUUAUUUCAUAAAAAAAUGAAACACUAAAUACUGGGCAUUUCAUGGCUUAUAAUACUUCAUUAACUUAGUGAAGGACUUGUAUAAUCAAGUCAUUUAUUGUUGAAUAUUUCCUUUCCAGAAUGGUGGACUCUGUGUAAUGCUUGUUUUGAUAAAGUUUGGAGGAUAAAUCUUUUGUAGCAAUCUCAUUUCUGUGAGCAGACAAAUAGACAUGUUGUUAGAAUUAUAUUUUUGUCACCUUUGUAAAAAAAACAACAGUUCAUUUAUUAAAUAAGUGACACACUUAUUUUAUUUAACCAUCAAAUUGCAGCAGGAUGAACAGCUGUACGAACUUAUGAAACAAUUACAAUAAGGAAUAUUGUUUUGUAAUAAAUGUGCUUUCACAGAAGUUGCAAUAUUGUUGUGUUAUGUUAAUAAUGUUAUGGGGGCUUAGAACGCUUUCAAUAUGUAGGACUUUUAACUGCACCAUUUGCAUUUAUUAAUCGAGUAGCAAGAUGUGUCAAGCUGAGACAACCUUCUACUGAAACCUGAUUUUUUUUAGCUCAGCUGUUUUCGGAGAAAACCCGAGGUAUUGUCAUAGCCAGCUCGUCCACCAUCCCUGGCGUGCUGAAACCUUAACAUUGGCUCUAAAAUCAAAGUGCUUCCACCUACAACUUUGAAACUUCAUAUGUAGCUGCACCUUGAUUAGUUCUACAGGCCACACCCAUUUUUGGGUCACUAGGUCAAAGGUCAAGGUCACUGUUACCUCAAAUAAAAAAAAUUCUGACAAGCUUUCAUUUUUUCAAAACUGCACCCGUAGCCAAGCGUUGGCACCUGCUAUGCGAUGCUCUUGUUAGGGCAAAAUUUUGAUAAUCAACUAGAAAUAAAUGUUCAGUAACAAAUGCAAUCAAAGUAAGAAGCGGGUUUUAUGAGAAGCAUAUAAAGUCAUAAUUGCAGAUAGAACUAUGAAAUUGUCUUAAUAUGUUUUUAGAGACAGUCAAUCAACUCAAUGUGCUUGUUUUGGGCACCAUAGUGCCUUUGCUUUAAUUGUUUAUGCAAAUAACAUGUUUAACAUUAUUAUCCCCUGCCAUAGGCGGAGGGAUAUUGUUUUGGCGUUGUCUGUCCGUCCUUCCGUCUGUCUUUCCGUCCGUAUGGAGCCAUAUCUUGGAAGUGCUUUGGCGGAUUUCAUUGAAACUUGGUAUGAGUAUAUAUAUAUGGAUAAGAGGAUGAUGCACGCCAAAUUGCAUUGUACACCAUCUGUUAAUAACGGAGUUAUGGCCCUCUGUAUCUUGAAAAAAUGCUUUUUUUGAGUGUCAAAUAUAACACUUUUGUGUCCAGAAGCAUAUUGGCGGGGGAUAUCAAUUCAACGAAUGUGCUUGUUUAUUUUCGAAUGGGAUCAUUACUUGUAAUACAUUCUUUAUUUUCAUACUUUAAGUGAACUUGUCCUUAUUCAAAUUUGUGUUGAGCAAUUGAAUUUGAGAACUCUUCUGUAUUAAUUUACUUAUUAUAUGAGCCUUGUUCGUUAAAAACUGGAUUUAAUGCAUCUCUCCGCCUGCACUGGAUUUUGGUUGACAAGAGACUUUUAUAAACGAAAAAACAUACAAUCGCAGUGUCCUCCCUGAUAAGCCUGUGCUGACUGCAGAGCUCAGAUGACACUACACACAUGCAUUAAGCCCAGUUUUCCCAGAACAAGGCUCAUAUGUGUGCAUGUAUUUCGCAAAUACUUUUUUAGAAUAAAUACUGCUGCUGUAUAGGCUACUAUAUUUUUAUUUUAUAUCAAUAUAUUCUGUUGUUAGUUAUACAUAAUCUAAUUAAUGUAGCUUAUAUUGGUUACAUGACAUUGUUGAAUUAUACAUAUAAUAAAUUAUGAAUUGUUA